GGCGAGCGGGGGCGGGGCCUCGCGCCGUCUUGGGGCUGCUCUCAGGGUCCGACCCGCGCUGGAGCUGCGGACGCCCGUCGCCGCCGCUGCCGCUGCCGCUGCCGCCGCCGCCGUUUCGACCCGGGCCGCCACCGCCGCUGCGUGUCGCCACCAUGAACCAAGACCUUCGCAGGGAGCGGGCAGCCGCCAGCUUCAACCCGGAGCUGCUCACUCACGUCCUGGACGGCAGCCCCGAGAACACCCGGCGCCGCCGAGAGAUCGAGAACCUGAUCCUGAAUGACCCAGACUUCCAGCACGAGGACUUGAAUUUCCUCACUCGCAGCCAGCGUUACGAGGUGGCUGUUAGGAAGAGUGCCAACAUGGUGAAGAAGAUGAGGGAGUUUGGCAUCGCGGACCCAGAGGAAAUCAUGUGGUUUAAAAAUUUUGUGCACCGAGGGCGGCCUGAGCCUCUGGAUCUCCACUUGGGCAUGUUCUUGCCUACUUUACUUCACCAGGCAACCGCGGAGCAGCAGGAACGCUUCUUCAUGCCCGCCUGGAACUUGGAGAUCAUUGGCACUUAUGCCCAGACAGAGAUGGGCCAUGGAACUCAUCUCCGAGGCUUGGAAACCACAGCCACUUACGAUCCUGAAACUCAGGAGUUCAUUCUCAACAGCCCUACUGUGACCUCCAUCAAGUGGUGGCCUGGUGGACUUGGGAAGACUUCAAAUCAUGCAAUAGUUCUUGCCCAACUCAUCACUGAGGGGAAAUGCUACGGAUUACAUGCCUUCAUCGUACCUAUUCGUGAAAUUGGGACCCAUAAGCCUUUGCCAGGUAUUACCGUGGGAGAUAUCGGCCCCAAAUUUGGCUAUGAUGAGAUGGAUAAUGGCUACCUGAAGAUGGACAAUUAUCGUAUUCCCAGAGAAAACAUGCUGAUGAAGUAUGCCCAGGUGAAGCCUGAUGGCACGUACGUGAAACCUGUGAGUAACAAGCUGACCUACGGGACCAUGGUGUUUGUCAGGUCCUUCCUUGUAGGAGAAGCCGCUCGGUCUCUGUCCAAGGCUUGCACCAUUGCCAUCCGGUACAGCGCUGUGAGGCACCAGUCCGAAAUCAAGCCAGGUGAACCAGAACCACAGAUUUUGGAUUUUCAGACCCAGCAGUAUAAACUCUUCCCACUCCUGGCCACUGCCUAUGCCUUCCAGUUUGUAGGUGCGUACAUGAAGGAGACCUACCAUCGAAUUAAUGAGGACAUUGGCCAAGGGGAUCUGAGUGAACUGCCUGAGCCCGUGCAUCCCCUCCAGCUCCACGCCCUCACUGCCGGCCUGAAGGCUUUCACCUCCUGGACAACUAAUGCUGCUCUCGAAGCCUGUCGGAUGGCGUGUGGCGGACACGGCUAUUCUCACUGCAGUGGCCUUCCAAAUAUCUAUGUCACUUUCACCCCCACCUGCACCUUUGAGGGAGAGAACACAGUCAUGAUGCUGCAGACGGCUAGGUUCCUGAUGAAAAGUUACGACCAAGUGCACGCAGGGAAGUUGGUGUGCGGCAUCGUGUCCUACUUGAAUGGCCUGCCCACUCAGCGCAUCCAGCCGCAGCAGGUAGCAGUGUGGCCAGCUGUGGUGGACAUCGACAGCCCCGACAGCCUAACGGAAGCAUACAAACUUCGUGCGGCCAGAUUGGUGGAAGUUGCUGCAAAAAACCUUCAAAAUGAAGUGAUUCACAGAAAAAGCAAGGAGGUAGCAUGGAACCUAACUUCCGUUGACCUUGUUCGAGCAAGCGAGGCACAUUGCCACUAUGUGGUAGUUAAGCUCUUUUCAGAAAAACUCCUCAAAAUUGAAGAUAAAUCUGUCCACGCUGUCUUAAGGAAUUUGUGUCUCUUGUAUUGUCUGUAUGGAAUCAGUCAGAAGGCAGGGGAUUUUCUUCAGGGAGGUAUCAUGACAGAGUCUCAGAUUACCCAAGUAAAUCAGCGCAUAAAGGAGUUGCUGAUUGCAAUUCGCCCAGAUGCUGUUGCUUUGGUGGAUGCGUUUGAUUUUCAAGAUGUGACACUCGGCUCUGUGCUUGGCCGUUAUGAUGGGAAUGUGUAUGAGAAUUUGUUUGAGUGGGCCAAGAAAUCCCCACUGAACAAAUCAGAGGUCCAUGCGUCUUACUUCAAGUACCUGAAACCACUGCAGUCCAAGCUCUGAAGGGUCGUGGGGACAAGUGCAAUUCGCUCCAGAAUGAGCUGGACUCGACAUCCCUUACACUUGUCACACAAAGCUGCUUGGGAUCUUGACCAAACUCAGAGAGCUAUAGAGCAAAUGAUAAAUUGAGCCCUUUCCUCUUUUUAUAAAUGAAGAAAAAAAUGAACAGAUUUCAGAGAUUAAAUGAAAAAAACGGAUGUGUUUUAAGUGCCAUUAACACUGCACGAGGCCUGUUGGGCAUCAGAAAGAGCUUUAAGAGAUGCAGCAUGACUUCGAUCUGUGGUGCUGCUGACCCCAGUAGGCCAUGACCUCGGAUAAUUCGUAGAAUGUAACUACUAAGUAGUUAGUUAUUUUCACCUCUUAAUUGCUCAUCACUGGAUCUGUAAGUGUUUUUAAGCAAAGGUAUUUUUUAAGUGGGGUCAAGCCCUUCCCACCUUUUUGCUAAAUGUUCUUCUGCUCCUGCCAUGGGCCCUGGCCAAGAAACAGGACUGAAGAGAAGGGAUUCGGGGAAAGAAACAAAUCAGGAAACUUAGCGUGAGUGAAAUGUGUGCCUGACACAUUGACAUGACUUCCGCCCGCUUGCCCCUCUUUGCCGACCUGUUGUUACCACCUAACUACUCGCGGCAGCAUCUUCCCGGCACAAGGGGAACGCCAGCGCAGGGCUAGCAAAGGAUCACAGUCCCGUGUCGUUAGGAAUUAAUCUUCCAUUCGAGGGAUCCCUAAAUCAUCGGUGUGGUAGCACAGCAACUCACUUUGUCCCAAAACUUCCUGGGAAGGGGCAAAAUGCAAAAUCAUCUCUGCAUUUGACACUUGGCAACUGAUGGCACCUCCAUCAGUGGUGAUUCAUCUCCCUCCCCCUUGCCCUGUCCUGGAAGAGAUGCUGAGAAACAAGAAGGGGUCACAGUUCCUUUGUAGUAGAAUGCAUACAGGGAGAGCUCUCUUAGUUGCAGUUACUGUGACUGUGGUGUCCCUACCAACUGGUUUUUCUGGAACAAUCCAGAUUUUCUAUGUUCUGCCAUUUGUCAUAAGCCGUUACAGUGCUUGGAGCUCACAGUGUCUGGCCGUACAAAGGUAGAAGCAUCACUCAGGCUACCUCUUCUGCCCAGGAGUACCACAGAAAACUCCUUUGACAAACCAUGUCUUCUGGUUUUUGGAUAUAAGUCAUUGAAUCAAUAUAAUCAUCGAAACUAUGGCUAAAGGAUAAAUGCAAGUUCCAUAGAAUCACUUUCCUAUUGUACACUGGCUUUAUUUUCAGUUUUUUUCUAGGAGCUUGAUCUGAAUUGUGACAUUGUCCUUUGAGCUGAAAUCUAAUUUACAAAAUCAUUCUACAUUUAAAGGUUAAACAUGUACUUCCUAAUGAAGGUUUUUCGUAAAAUCGAUGUAAAACAGCAUCACUUGAUUUUUUUUUUUUCUAAGAUUUUAUUUAUUUAUUUGACAGAGAGAGACCGUGAGGGGGGAACACAAGUCGGGGGAGUGCGAGAGGGAGAAACAGGCUUCCCGCUGAGCAGGGAGCCCAGUGUCGAGCUCGAUCCCAGGACCCUGGGAUCAUGACCUGAGCCGAAGGCAGACGCUUAACAAUUGAGUCACCCAGGUGCCCCAUGAUUUUUUUUUAAUAACCUGUUAACUGUAUCUGUGACAUCUGUCUCAUGAAACCAGUUGUUCUAGAAUCAGUCUUGAGAACGUAGUAUAAUUCAGGCGAAAUGUCAUCCCUACCUUGGGACCCAACAUAAAAUCUAUCCCAGUGAAACCAGUUAUAUGAGACUUUUCAUUGCCAGCAGAAAUCCUUCCACCAAGAGAGCUGACUGGGAAUUGUUUUAAGAUUGAAGUAACAAGCACUGUGUUAAUUUCUUUGGGAUAUAUCUUGACAAUAGUUCAGAUUCUUGGAAAUAACAGUAAAUCGCUUAAUAUUUUUUUUUUUUUUUUAAAGAUUUUAUUUAUUUAUUUGAGAGAGAGAGAAUGAGAGAGAGCACAUGAGAGGGGGGAGGGUCCGAGGGAGAAGCAGGCUCCCCGCCGAGCAGGGAGCCCGAUGCGGGACUCGAUCCCGGGACUCCAGGAUCAUGACCUGAGCCGAAGGCAGUCGCUUAACCAACUGAGCCACCCAGGCGCCCAGUAAAUCGCUUAAUAUUGACCUGUUAAAUGUAGAAUUGCUUCAAAACUAGUGGUUAAAUACCUUAUUCGCAGAUGAACAUCUGUAGUUGGGAUCUGAAUGUGUUUGAAUUAACACCCACCUAAUCCCGCUGCAUAGAUCUGGGAUCUCUCUAGGCAGGUUUGAGCAAGUUGUAGACACUACAGAGCCACCUUCAGUCCAGCACCUUGAGUAUUAUUUAAAAGCGAAAUCUGAUAUUUGAUACUGUUUUUAUUAACAUUGGGAUUUUUGUCUUGUACUUUAUUCACCAUAACCUAAGAAUAUAGUAAAACCUCCCUAAUUUGUACUAUCACGAGGAAAAGAGAAUGCCACAUAAUUAAAAAGUCUAAGCUACGAAGAAUUUUAAGGUCCAGGUUUAUGACGUUAUCAGGUGCAGGUAACACUAAAAUAAAGCACGCCCUCCCCAGUGGAGGAAUGCAUGUUUGUCGGCAGCGGCAGAUCCAGUUUGCACUCCCAAAGAAGCCAGGUCUAUGCUACAGAUAAGUUUGGUUCUUUUGUGAGCCAUUUUCACCAAAAGUACAAAGAUAAAUUUAAACCUACUCUUCUCUAAAAUGAUAAAUGCUAAGAGAAUGAGAUUUUUCUAUUAGAUACUGAUAGAAGCCUUUUUUUUUUUUUUAAGUACUAUGAACAAGGAACUCAAAAUUGGAAUUUUGAGGCUUAAUAGGAUUUUGCUAUUGGAGGAAGGUUGAUUCUUCCUGAAGUGUUUGGAGCUCUACUUUGUGUUCUACUAGAUAUAUACAGAGGAGUAUUUCAGUGGACAUCAGUGAUUUCAAAGCACGGUUGGUUCCAAAGCCUUUGGGGCCUCUUUCAUGUUCUUGGCUUAAGGACAUAACAGUGCUAAGUAUCAGCUUAUCUUCAGAACAUUGACCUAAUUGCAACAUUAACUAUAUUCAUAUGCUUUCCAAGAACUCCUGCCUGUCAUUUCAGAUUUCAUAUACCUGGAGGCAUUUUACAGAUCCGAAACAUGCUAGGUCUUAAUUAUUGGGUUUUCUUCAGCGCAGGGCUUUGGCUGGAGAAACAUGACAUUCACAUUCAUGAGGAACGAAAAUUGUUUCGAUGGCUUGGCUCACAAGCCCUCCUGCCUUUUCUGAGCCUUUUCCAUCCGUCUUACUAGGAAGAGAUGAGGUGCAGGUGUGCACACCUGCUAACCUUUAUAAAUGUGGUAGGUUGCCCAGGGUCUUAGGUUGCCUUCAAGCAGUGCCAGGAAAGGUUCUUCUACCUGAGACCAAGAGUCUUUUGUUGAUUCUCCUUACUCAGAUAAAGAUUUUGAUUAUUUUCAUGAAAUAAUGCAGAGGUCAUUUCAGCUAAGUAUUUACUACUACAUUCUUGGAGGAACUGACCAAGUCACACUGUAAAUGACUGAAAUUAUUUUUUAUUUUAAAAUACCAAUAGACUUUCGCUUUUAGCUGUACACACUAAAUUCUCACUACCUAUUCCUGUGCUCCAUGAUGGUAAACACAGAAACUUGAGGAAUCUUUUUUUUUUUAAGUGAGGACAAGAAACAUGAGGAAUCUUUAGAGUUACCAGGUGUUAGCUGUUGCAGACCUGCAAAUUCCUAGAUUCCAAGGGUUUUUUGUUUCGUUUUUAUUUUGCUUUAAAUUUAGUUGGGCCACUGGGGCAACUAAGGAUCUGCCUUUGGCUCAGGUCAUGAUCCUGGACUCCUGGGAUCAACCCCGCUCGUGCUCUCGCUCAAAUGAGUAAAUUAAAAAAAAAAUAAUAAAUACAUUUGGGGCGCCUGGGUGGCUCAGUCGUUAAGCGUCUGCCUUCAGCUCAGGUCCUGGUCCCGGCGUCCUGGGAUAGAGCCCCGCAUCGGGCUCCCUGCUCGGUGGGAAGCCUGCUUCUCCCUCUCCCACUCCCCCUGCUUGUGUUCCCUCUAUCACUGUGUCUCUCUGUCAAAUAAAUAAAUAAAAUCUUAAAUAAUAAUAAAUACAUUUAAUUGGGCCAUUGAUUAUCUUAGGAAGAUCACGAAAAAUUGGGGAGUGAUUCUGAGAAUUCUGAACCAAAAUAGGUUGUUUUGCCACAAUACUGUUGACUACUUCAUAGUUUAGGUAGCAAACAUAUAACCUUCCACAUAAUAUUCAGACUGCUGAGAUAAACACCAUUUUAUUUCCAAUUGCUGUAGAUUCAAGGAAAUUACUUGUAUUCUUCAGAGUGUAUAAUUCCUUGCUACCUUUUCCCCUUUUACUGUUCGGGUUUGCGUUUGGUUCCUACCUGACAAGAUGCGUUUAGCAUGUACUGUUACCCAUCCCUGGCUGGACCUGUCAGUGCAGGCGCGAGUACCGAGGAGGUGCACGGGUCCAGAACUUCUGAACCAUGAUUGGACAGCUGUGACCCGCCAGCCCUGCUUGGAGUGGGCUGCGGGUAAGCCAAACCAUCACCCCCUUUUUCCUUUGUAAAUUUGAAAAAAAUCCUUAAUAAAACCUGUGGUUAACACAAAA